AAGGAAUGAAAAUGCCGAGUGCCCUGUCCUUCGAAGUGUUGGGGCGCCACCAUCGUGCACGGGCUGCGACGCUCACGCUACCACAUGGAGAAGUCCGCACACCCGUCUACAUGGCCGUAGGCACUCAGGGCGCGAUCAAGGGCUUGACGACGCAGCAGAUGCAGGAACAGCCCGUCGACUGUCAGAUCUUCUUGGCCAACACAUACCACUUGGCACUUCGUCCUGGUACCGAAGUGCUUGCUCAACUGCCUGGCAAACUGCACGAAUUUAUGCAGUGGCCACGCAACUUACUAACUGAUUCUGGAGGGUUCCAGAUGGUCAGUCUCUCGAGACUGUGCCAAGUGUCGGAACAUGGCGUGCAGUUCGAGAGCUUCGUGGACGGCUCCACCAUGCUCUUGACACCCGAAGCGUCUAUCGCUCAUCAGAACCGUAUUGGCGCAGAUAUCAUCAUGGCACUAGACGACGUCGUGUCGAGCUUGACAGACGACGAUGAACGGUUCAAAGAGGCAUGUGGACGCACAGUGCGUUGGCUGGAUCGCUGUAUCCAAGCGCACGCUCAUCCAGACAAACAGAACCUCUUUGGCAUCGUACAAGGAGGACUCGAUGUGAGCGAAGGAGGGUUACGGGAUCAAUGUUUAACCGAACUUAUCAAGCGAGACUUGCCUGGUUACGCAAUCGGUGGGUUGGCAGGAGGAGAAUCCAAGGAGGCGUUUUGGAAAGUUGUGGCAAAGUGCACCGCUCAGUUGCCGGAAAAUAAACCUCGGUAUCUCAUGGGGGUGGGGUAUCCUCUGGAUCUCGUGGUGUGCUCGGCACUGGGUGUCGAUAUGUUCGAUUGCGUGUACCCCACUCGCACUGCAAGAUUUGGUACGGCAAUUGUGCCUUCGGGACUGCUAAAACUCAAAAGUGCCAAGUGUGAGCUUGAUAGCCGACCGAUUGACGACACGUGCGAGUGUUUCGUGUGCAAGAAGUACACACGGGCGUAUCUGCGUGUGUUACUGAAGAAGGAAGAGACGUUCGGAGACGCAGAGGCGACGACUGGCAGCAUCGGAGCACAUCUCGUCACAUACCACAACGUCACGUACAUGCUGAACCUCAUGCGUCGACUGCGUCAAUCCAUUAUCGACCGGAAAUUUGAGCAAUUUGUGCAAAAUUUUAUGUUGCAACAAUUCCCAGAGCGCAAUUACCCUCAAUGGGCAGUCGACGCCUUGACCGAGGCCAAAAUUUCGCUUAACUAGGCAACUCACAACAUAAGUGACAAAUAAUAUCAGAAACCUCUUGCUGGUU